AUAAGAUCAUAACAGGAAGUAGGCCAUGAGCACAAUUGGGGGGGGUACGUGGGAAAAAGUAGCUGGGUCCGAGGAGAAAAGGAAAUUGUAAAAAAAGGAUCCUUAAUUAUAGAACAAAAGAGACGCAGGGACAGAGCGUCUAGAACUAUAGAGACAACACUGCAGCGACAUCACUGAGACGGGAAGACUGGGUAAUCCAGCUGCUAUAGAGGUGCACGGGCACCAUAGAGCGAAGGAAGUGUGGGAUAGAGCGGGCGACACCAUCGAGUGUGAGAAAGAGGGAGGUCUCUGCGCGCUCCCGCAACCGAACUCGGAGCCGCCGCUACUGGGAUGUACCGAGAGUGCCUGAAGCUAUGGAACGUAUCAUAACGUUCACGCUUAUCCUGUUGGCAGCUGUCUGUACAAGAGCUGCAAUCCACUUCACCAAACAGCCAUAUUCCCAGGAUGCCUUCCAUGGAAGGAGCGCCAUGUUACGAUGCGAGGUGGAAGACUCUACUGGGAUACGGUUUGAGUGGCUGCACAAUGGGAUCCCAGUGCAGGACAAUGAGAGAAGAUACCAGGAGGGCGGCAGUCUGACCUUUACGACUGUGGACAGACAACAGGAUGGGGGUAGCUUCCAGUGCGUGGCCAGGGAUCUGAUUGCAGGCGAAGAGGCCAGGAGCAAUAACGCCUCGUUCAACAUAAAAUGGAUAGAGAGUGGGGGUGUGACCCUGCAGUCCCCCGCCGCUGCCAGUGAUAUCCAGAGCUCCUUGCCAGUCACUCUGCGCUGCCAUAUAGACGGGCAUCCGCGCCCCACAUGUCAGUGGUUCAGGGAUGGAACUUCACUGUCAGAUGAUGGAAGCACUUACACACUCAGCAACAAGGAACGCACCCUGACUUUAACUAGCGCUGGGCCUAAUGACAACGGUGAAUACUACUGCUGUGCACGUAACGCAGCAGGAAACGUCUGUAGUUACAGCAACUUCACCCUCAGUAUUAUAGAUAAGACAUUUCCUCAAGCUGUAGUGACCCCUGAGGACCAGAUUGUGAACAGAAAUGAGGAUGCGCUUUUUCACUGCCAGUUUUCUGCAGAUCCUCCUCCCACAGUGGAAUGGUUCUUUGAGGAUGACAUCCCCCUGACUAACAAAAGCCGUUACACUGUAUUUCACAAUGGAUCGCUGCUUAUUAGCACUGUGAAACAUCGCAGCACGGGGACAUAUCGCUGUGUUGCAACAGGUGUUGGAGGGAAACAGUCUGUACUACAGGCUUCACUUCGCCUAGCAGAUAUUGAUGAAAUGUAUCCACUAUCUCCACGAGUCCUUAUCGCGGACACUACUCAGCGUAUUGCCUGUGAACCUCCGCGCGGGAAGCCUCCGCCUACUGUCUGGUGGGAAAGAAAUGGAGUGCGGAUCCCUAGCAAAGACAGAGUUUUCCAGGAAGGCAAUGAUCUUGUGUUCAAUCCCAUAACCGAGAAAGAUGGUGGCGUAUACACUUGUCACGCUGCAAACCAUGCCGGAGAGCGCAAGCAGGAACUGCAGAUCACUGUAGCAACAAUCCCAGAGUGGGUAGAGAAGCCUGUGGACAGUUGGAUGGAGGAAGGUAAAUCUGGCUUUCUUCACUGCCUUAGCAAAGCAUCCAUGAAACCAAGUGUGAGCUGGUACCGGAACAUGAUACCCAUUGCAGAGGACUCCAGAUUUGAGAUUUUCCAGAAUGGGUCCUUGAAAAUCCUCAAUGUGGAGGUUUAUGAUGGAACAAACUAUAAGUGUGUGUGCAGCACCCUAGCUGGAUCCAUCGAGGCCCAAGCACGUGUACAUGUACAGGAAAAGCUUAAAUUCACCCCUCCCCCACAGUCUCAACAGUGUAUGGAGUUUGAUAAAGAGGUGACCGUGAAUUGUGCUGCAACAGGCCGUGAAAAGCCCAAGAUACAUUGGGUUAAAGCUGAUGGAAGUAGCCUCCCAGCUCAUGUGGACCCUGACGCUGGCCUUUUACAUUUCCGUCGUGUGAGCCGCAGUGACGCAGGAGUGUACCAAUGUAUCGCCUCUAAUAGCCAGCAGGGGGAGAUCCGUGCCACAGUACACCUGACUGUAGCAGUCUAUGUCAACUUCAAGAUUGUGCCAGACAAUACAACGGUUUACCAAGGGCAUACUGCUAUCCUGCACUGCCAGGCCACUGGAGACCCUGCACCACAGAUUCAGUGGAAGGGCAAAGAGCAUAUCCUGGAUUCCAAUAAGUCCUAUCCAAGACUUCAGAUCAUGCCAAACAGCUCUUUGGUUAUCUUCCAUGUCACCAGUGAGGAUUCUGGGAAAUACACCUGCAUUGCUGGCAACGUGUGUAACAUUAAACACCAAGAUGCCUUCCUUUAUGUUGUGGACAAACCACAUGAUGAGUCUAGGGAAUCUGAAAGCAGCACCCCAUACAAGAUGAUCCAGACCAUCGGACUGUCCGUGGGAGCAGCUGUGGCUUAUAUCAUCAUUGUGUUGGGACUUAUGUUCUACUGCAAGAAGCGAAGGAAGGCUAAGAGGCUGCACAAGCAUGAGGGUGAGGAGCCAGAGAUGGAGUGCUUGAAUGGUGGUGCUGUCCUGCAGAAUGGCCAGAGUACGGCUGAGAUCCCAGAAGAGGUUCCUCUCACCUCCCUGGGAAAUAAGAGACUAAGUUCCGGAGACAAAGUUAACUACCCUCGUGCCAACCUGCACCCAAUCACCGCUUUAGGUCGGGGUGAGUUUGGGGAGGUGUUCUUGGCAAAGGCUCAGAGUGUAGAUUCUGGGGUCAGUGAGAUUGUUGUCUUAGUGAAAAGUUUGCAAACCCGUGAUGAGCAGCUUCAGAUGGACUUCAGGAGGGAGCUGGACAUGUUCUCCAAGCUCAAUCACGCAAAUGUUGUGCGCCUGCUGGGACAGUGCCGAGAAGCUGAGCCUCACUACAUGAUCCUGGAAUAUGUGGACCUGGGAGACCUGAAACAGUUCCUCCGCAUCUCCAAAACUAAAGAGAACAAGGUGAAGACUCACCCACUGAGCUCUAAGCAGAAGGUGUCCAUUUGCUCCCAGGUGGCUUUGGGAAUGGAGCAUCUUUCUAAUAGUCGCUUUGUGCACAAAGACCUGGCAGCUCGAAACUGCUUGGUUAGUGCCCAGCGAGUGGUGAAGGUCUCUGCGCUUGGACUGAGUAAGGAUGUGUAUCACAGUGAGUACUAUCACCUGCGCCAGGCCUGGGUACCUUUGCGAUGGAUGCCACCUGAAGCUGUGCAAGAUGAUGAUUUCUCUACCAAGUCUGAUGUGUGGUCGCUUGGUGUGCUAAUGUGGGAAGUGUUCACUCAUGGGGAGAUGCCAUAUGCCGCUGUGCCUGAUGAGGAGGUGCUGGCGGGGCUGCAGAAUGGCUCCUUGACUCUCUCUCCUCCUGAAGGUUGUUCAUCCCGAAUCUACAAACUCAUGCAACGCUGCUGGUCCCCCAGCCCCAAGGAUCGUCCCUCGUUCAGUGAAAUUGUCAACACACUCGGUGACUCAACUGCUGACAGCAAGAUGUGAGUGAUGGCGACCGAGCCAAGCUCCAGUAACAAGCACAGCAUCUGCCUCAGGAUUGAGGGUUUCCACAGCACAAGAACAAUCAGCCACUGGGAACUCCCUGUUGGCCUGGCACCUAUGCACAGACUUGUCACAGGUGGGGCAUGAUUAGAACCCCAAGACCUGUGACAUUAAUGGCUAACAGGCAAUUCACCGGCUAUGAAGGUGACACACGGACAUCUGAACUUCAGGCUGAAACACUGGGAUCACGUUUAUUUUUCCAUUCAUUGUCCUGUUGCUCAUUACAUGCUCCAGUGUGUCCGCACCAUCCUCAGAGCAGGAACCGCUCACAUGUACAUACAUAAUACUCAUAUCUAACACUAGUGUUAUGUUCUCUGGAACAGAAAUAUUUAUUUAGACUGUUACUUCAUGUAUGGUCCAUACACACCAAGCCUAGAAGGUGUGCAAGUGUCUUUUUGUAACUAUCCGUCAGACAAGGGGAGCAGGCUCAAGCUAAGGGCCAGGAUUUGCAUCUUUUACUUUUAUCACGUUUUGUUUGGUAGAGAAGUAAAGGUGGAAUCUAUCAGCAAGCAUUGGGCCUGUGCAAGAGAAGAGGAGGCUUAUGUAGUUGAACUAUACUAGAUUCCUACUGAACAUGCAUGAAGAAACUAGCAUUAUAGGGCAAUUACUGACUCUACAUCACUUAUCUGAUGCUGGAGCCACCUUGGUUGUACUUUUUACUAAAUGUGUGAUCAAGCAUGACUGCAUUUCCCUCUUACAAAAAUAUCUGCCUUACAGCCCAACAAGGUGUGUGUCCAAGGACUGCACCUGAUGUAAAUUUACUCUACUCUGUCUUCAUUGGUUUUUCCGUUUCUGAUAAACAUCUGCUGUGAAAUUUCCAGCCCUAUACUGGUGCAGGACCGUGAUAUUAGACCCUCCCUUGCUAAAAUAGCACAAGACCAAGCUAUUGAAAUUGUCACCCCCGUAGAUAGACCAGCAAUGUACAGGGUAUGUCGCUGGUCAUUGAGGGGUUAAUGGCUUCUCAUAGGGAAGCUAGACUUCUGCACUACAAGACUAACACCCCCUCAUAGGGAAGACAUGGAUUAUCAUAGGGGAUAUAGGCUGCUGCGGGACUGCAAGACUAAGGGUUUAUACUAGGGGAGAUAGGCUGAUGCAAGACUAGGGGAUUGGCUGCUGCAGGACUGCAAGACUAAGGAUUUAUACUAGGGGAGAUAGGCUGCUGCGGGAUUGCAAAACUAAUGGCUACUUGUAGGGCAGAUAGCCUGCUGCAAGACUAAGGGAUUGGCUGCUGUAGAACUGCAAGACUAAUGGCUACUUGUAGGGGAGGACUGCAUUAGUGAGGGAUCAUCAUAGGGAAGCUAGACUGGUGUGGACUAGAACACUAAUUGAGCCAUGUAAGGAAGUUAGGGUGUUAUGGGGCUGCAGAACUAAUGGCCCCCUAUAGAGAAAUCAGACUGUUUAAAAACGGUGUAACCUUAUAGGGAAAUAAGACUAGUGCUUGACUGAGACUUUUAACAGCUCUUUGUAGGGGGGCUAGACUGGAACCUGACUAAGACACUAGUGGUCCCCUCGUAGGAAAUCUAGACUGUAACGCAAUUAUGACACUAGUGGCCCGCGUAGGAAAGCUAGACUGUUGUGAGACACUGCCCCUUAUUGUUCAGGGAGUCUUCAUAGUGAAAUUAGACUGGAAUAGGACUGCAUUACUAAGCGCCCCAUGUAGGAAAGAUAACUGCUGCAGGAUUUGGAGACUAAGGGCCCCUCAUAUGCUAGUUUAGAACUGGCGCUUAUAGGAAACCUUGUGAAGCCCCCAUAAGCACCACGUGUUUUUAAAUAUUUUUACUCUUUCUGGGAAAUAGUUGAUCACGAGUGAUGCCAGAGGGUGUUUUAUGUCACCGUAGACAAUUUGUGUGGAUCCUUUGCCCCCACCUGAAUAUUGAGAAAGCAGCAAGGGGAUUUUAUUUUUUUAAUAAAUAUAUAUAUAAUAGUCAACGCAAUGAGCUAUAAGUUUCAGCAGCUCUGACUCCUGUCUUUGUCAAGUGCUGCUCUGAUAAUAGCCCAUAGUGGAACCCCCUAAGGCCACCUAGUGUCACCGCUGCUUCUGAGCAACAUUGUUAAGGCAUUUAGGGCAGAUGAAACAUUUCAGAUAAGAGGGAAAUUGCUGUACAAAUGUUUUCUCACACAUAAUUGAAAUUCGUUCUCUAGAAUUUUACCUGAAACGGUAACCUCUAAUAUAUUAGAUGCCUAGUUUACUUAUGAAGUUCUGUUUACAAUAAGUUCACUACAGAUCCAUCGUAUCAUGUCUGUUUAUACAGGUAUCUUAUGGCUCCCAGAGCUGGUUACACAGAUCGGCAAUAUGUGGUUAUCAAUCGCCUCUGGUUAGUAACGGCAUGGCUAAUUAGUGAUGUCAGAUUCAGCUGCUGCCCUGGCAGGAUAUGAUGUGACCUCAAGAGCACCUGUGUUUAUUCUCUUUAGUCUCGUUUCUAUGUUUAUAGAUGGUGACGGCCUACAGGAUAGUGACACAUCCUUUCCCCAGGCUGUACCCUAAUGUGUUCCUCAUAUCAUUAAUAUGCACAAUGUCUUCCAUGGAUCACUACCCCUAACACUAAGUGCCUGUGUAAUGAAGGACCUCUCCACAGCCGCACAAUAGAACUGAUGCCUUAACAUGUGCAGUCCAGGGCAGACUUUGUUUUUAUGUUACGUUUUGUUGUGUUUUUUAUAUAUAAUUUGGUUACAAACAGAUUUUUUAUUAUUAUUGGGCAUUGGUACCGCCCAACACUGUACUGUGUUUUUGGUAUUUUUACUUUUAGAUUUUUUUAAAAAAAAAAAUCAUUUGCACCCAAUAAAUCCCUUUUUUUAUACCAGGCCA